UGAAAAGACUAGCUGAGCGACCGUGAUGCAUCGAGUCUGGGCGUACGCAGUUAGUUUACCGGUUUCGCUUUUGGGAAUAACCCGCGUCCAUGUAUCAAACGUGUAUUGGCCCCGAGUUCGGGUUUUACGAGAUGGAAAUACUGCCGUUACCCAUCACGUACACUACCACCACAGAUAUACGGGUUUACUAUCGUGCACUGUAGUCGACACUGUCGCACACGAUCGUAACGUGUGGUGCACGGGUACGGGAUGAUCUGUGACUAGUGUUUUCAUCGCGUUACCCUCGUCACAACUAAGCUGGUAUUGAGUAACACUUGUGAACGGGGGUUCAUUCAGAAAACGCUCGUCGAUUAAAUGUGUCCUGCAUCCAGUGGAGCACCGUUAAAUGCAGUUUGCACGCGAUCGAGACAACAUCGGUGCGCACACACGGUGUACAAACGCGCUGUUGCAAAAUAGAACCAAGCAAUCAACCUCGAAGUGAGAGUAAGCGAAGAACUCGCAGUCUCAGGUACUCUCAGUGUACUAGUUUUGGCAGUUAUCUCGAGAGCAAUCAUGGAGAACCACGCGUACAGUGAAGGAACAGUGGAGAACGGGAAGGCUGAUUAUCGAUCGGUAGCGUCGCCGAUGAAUUCUAGCACAACAUUGCAAACGAUCAGUGACGAUACGAAAACCAGCACGAGCACGACGCGUGACAAAUGGGGCCGAGACAUAGAGUUUAUGCUAUCCUGUAUUGCGUACUCGGUCGGGUUUGGCAACAUCUGGAAGUUCCCAUAUACGGCCCUCAAACACGGAGGCGGAGCAUUUCUGCUGCCGUACCUGAUCGUACUGUUUAUCGUUGGACGACCCAUCUACUAUCUGGAGAUGAUAUUGGGUCAGUUCUCUAGUAGAGGCUGUGUAAAACUGUACGAUCUCGCACCGGCUAUGCGUGGCAUCGGUGUGGCACAAACGAUCGCAAUGUUCGUCGUGAUGACUUACUACGCGCCAGUGUUGGCGAUUACGUUUCGCUACUUUGUUGCAUCGUUCAGCAGUACUUUGCCGUGGAGUGAGUGUAAUCCUUCCUGGUCAAACUGUGUGAAUUCUUCCUUUGUCGGUAAACUGGAACCCACCAACACAUCCGUCAGUUUGCAAUCAUCAGCCGAGCUGUUCUUCCUCAAGGAAGUCAUCCAUAAAGCUCCCUCGCUGGACAAUGGGUUGGGCAUACCGGAUUGGAAGCUUGCGUUAUGUCUACUGUUCGCAUGGAUUGUCGUUGCGACAAUUCUCAUCCGUGGAGCAAAAAGUACCGGCAAGGCUUCGUACUUUCUCGCGAUCUUUCCUUACGUGAUCAUACUGAUCCUGCUCGUCCAAACCGUUAUGCUGGAUGGUGCAAUGCAGGGCAUCCUAUACUUCAUAACACCGCAGUGGGAUAAGCUACUUAGCAUCGAGGUUUGGUACGAGGCCGUAACGCAGUGCUUCUUCUCACUCUCGGUCUGCUACGGUGGUAUUAUCGCGUAUUCGUCCUUCAACAACUUCAGCAACAAUGUACAUCGUGACGCCGUCAUUAUCUCCUGGCUCGACACAUUCACCUCCAUCGUUGCGGGUUGCAUCGUGUUCGGAGUGAUCGGCAAUUUGGCGUACGUUAGCGGUCAGCCGGACAUACAGAAGCUUGCACGAGACGGUGCCGGUCUUACCUUUAUGACAUACCCGGAUGCGAUCGCCAAAUUCCAGUUCUUGCCCCAGCUGUUUGCCGCCUUGUUCUUCCUGAUGCUGUUCAUUGUUGGCGUCGGUAGUAAUCUGGGCGUAACGACGAGCAUCAUUACCGCGAUCCGGGACCAGCGACCAAAUCUUAAACACUGGCAGGUUGUGCUGGGCACCGUUACCGUGGGAUACUUCUUCGGUUUGCUCUACCUGACACCGGGCGGAUUUGACUUUCUGGAUGUAAUCGAUUACUAUGGUGCGAAGUACGUGACGCUCACGUUUGCCGUACUGGAGCUCGCCACCGUUGCGUGGAUUUACGGCGUUGAUCGCAUCUGCCGAGACAUCAAGUUUAUGCUUGGCAUCGAAACCUCGUUCUAUUGGCGGGUGUGCUGGGGACUAAUUGCACCGCUCGCCACACUACUAAUUCUUAUCUUUAGCUUUGCCGACUUUGAGCUGCAAAAGGUCCCGAUGGGGUACAAUGUUUUAGGACUGUUUAUCUAUGCCAUCGCUUUUCUGCAACUACCCGGCUGGUACAUCUAUGCGAUAUACAGGCGGCGUAGCAAACAGAUGGAAUCGCUACGUAAAGCGGCCCGCAAUGCACUGGAACCGAUGGAUAUUUGGGGUCCGGAAAGUGAUACCGUGCGGUUACAGUACCAGACCGAGGAGGACCAGUAUCAAAACCUUCAUCCAACGGGCACGAAUGCUUUGAAGCGCAUCAAGAAGCGAAUGUUCAACAUUGGUUGAUUGGCAAAGGGCGUUCGGAAUGUGAUCACAACCACCAGUGACAAGUGAUAGUACCUUUUUAAUCGAGCUUACUUUCGAAUCCGGAUGGGUGCUACUUUUUUUCUCGACCUUUUGAGAAAACGCGGCUUAGAAUUAAUAACAUCACUCUAGUUUGUGUGUUCACCAUUAAAUGUAACAUUAAUGAAACGUGAUAGAUGUAUAAUUUUAUUUUCGGCUGUUUUAUGAUACUAAUAAACGUUACCAAAGUUUUACUAAGCAAA